GGAGAUUCGGUUGUUCCGCACGUGAUCGCCGUUUAUAAGGAAGGCCCAGCCCGGUUUCAGGUCGAGCGCAGCAAGAGUUGGGAGGAUCGGAAUCAUCGACAUCUUCGUCUGCUCUUAGCUACUACCAAACCAACCUUUCUCCUUGAGAUCUACACUAUACAAUAACAAAGUACCCUCCCUACCAUGUCGUCCCCCUCCAUCCUCAUCGUCGGCGCUACCGGCAAUACCGGCGUAGGCGUCGUCAAGACCCUCGUCUCCAACCUCGCCUCGAGCCCAUUUGCUCAGCACAAGAUCAUCGCACUGACCAGAGACGCUUCGGGGAAGACGGCCAAAGAACUCGCCUCGCUUUCCGACAACGUCGAAGUGGUCGAGAAGAACUGGACGGCGAUCGAUUCCGACUGGCUCAAGGAGCGCCAGGUCCAAAGGCUGUUCAUCGCGAGCCAUAACGGGGUGACGCACUUCGUCGACGAGUCGCUCUUCCUCAACUAUGCGCUUGAGGCCGGGGUUGAGUAUGCGGUGAGGAUCUCGACGACCACCUUUGCGGUCGGAGCGGCCAGUUCGAUCUGGUACGGGAGGAGCCACUGGGCGGUCGAGGCCAUGCUGGACGACCCGGACUUCAAGUCGAUGAAGUGGACUUCUCUUCAGCCGAACAUCUUCCACGCGUACUGUUACCCCGCCUUGGUCCAGUGGUUGGAGACGUACCGAAAGACCGGGGAGAAGGGGACCCUCAAGCUGCCCUUUGAUGCCGAUGCUGGGAUCGCUCCCAUUGACGCUACCGAGGUCGGGAACAUCGCCGGUCUGCUCCUCCUCAUCCCUGCCUCGGACGUAGCGAAACACUCUGGCAAACGUUACGUCCUCACCGGCCCGUCAGACAUCACCGGCAAGGAGUCUGUCCAGCUGUUGGAGAAGCACGCAGGGACCACCGUCGACGACGUCGUCUUCCGUGACGCAUCGAUGAUCCACGCUAUGAAGGGGCCCAUGUACCCGGACAACACAGUCCAUUCGUUGGCUACGAACUUGAACAUCGGGUGGGACGGACAACUCUCGGUCAAGCGUCAUUCUACUAGCAAGGAGGUGCUGGACUUCUACCAGCCGAAGAUCGGAGCAAAGGAGGCGUAUGAUGAGGCUUUGGCUGCUGUUUCCAAGUGACGGGGGUAGGAUAGGGAUAUGGAUCGAAGCGGGGACGGAGACAAAGGAGGACAACAAGCUAUUUGACAGCUUGCAUCAGAGGCCAUGAUCGUCGUGUGUAUACUAGUAAGA